AUGCCUUACAACUGCUCUCUGCCCAGCUUCAGCUGCCGCAGCAGUUGCCUGUCCAGGCCCUGCGUGCCACCCAGCUGCCAGCCAUGCUGCCCCCUCCCCGGAACCCGCAACAUCCCCGCCAACAUCGGGACCUGCGGCUGGUUCUGUGAAGGCUCCUUCAACGGCAACGAGAAGGAGACCAUGCAGUUCCUGAACGACCGUCUGGCCAACUACCUGGAGAAGGUGCGCCAGCUGGAGCGGGAGAACGCCGAGCUGGAUGCCAGGAUCCACCAGUGGUGCCAGGAGCAGGUCCCCGUCGUGUGCUCGGACUACCAAUCCUACUUCCGGACCAUCGAGGAGCUGCAGCAGAAGAUUCUGUUCACCAAGUCUGAGAACGCGCGGCUGGUGGUGCAGAUCGACAACGCCAAGCUGGCCUCAGAUGACUUCCGCACCAAGUACGAGACGGAGCUAUCCCUCCGCCAGCUGGUGGAGGCCGACAUCAACGGUCUGCGCCGCAUCCUGGAUGAGCUGACCCUGUGCAAGGCUGACCUGGAGGCCCAGGUGGAGUCCCUGAAGGAGGAGCUGCUCUGUCUCAAGAGGAAUCAUGAAGAGGAGGUCAACGCUCUGCGAAGCCAGAUUGGAGACCGACUGAACGUGGAGGUGGAUGCCGCUCCCCCUGUGGACCUGAACAGGGUGCUGAAUGAGACCAGGUGCCAGUACGAAGCCCUGGUGGAGACCAACCGCAGAGAUGUGGAGGAAUGGUUCGUCAAGCAGACGGAGGAGCUGAGCCAGCAGGUGGUGUCCAGCUCGGAGCAGCUGCAGUGCUGCCAGUCGGAGAUCAUCGAGCUGAGACGCACUGUCAACGCUCUGGAGGUGGAACUUCAGGCUCAGCACAACUUGAGAAAUUCUCUGGAAAACACCCUGACAGAGACGGAGGCCCGCUACAGCUCCCAGCUGGCCCAGGUGCAGUGCUUGAUCACCCAAGUGGAGGCCCAGCUGGCUGAGAUCCGCUGUGAUUUGGAGCGGCAGAACCAGGAGUAUCAAGUGCUGCUGGAUGUCAAGGCCCGACUGGAGUGUGAAAUCUCCACAUACCGCAACCUGCUGGAGAGUGAGGACUGCAAGCUUCCCAGCAACCCCUGUGCCACAACCAACGCAUGCAGCAGGCCCAUUGGCCCCUGCGUGCCCAACCCCUGUGCCCCUUGCGUCCCCUGCACUCCCUGUGUGCCUCGCUCCCGCUGCGGCCCCUACAACUCCUUUGUGUGUUAAGGUGGUUCUGGCCACCCGGAGAAGAAGAAAGGAGAGGCGAGCCAUAGAUCCCUUCUCUAGGGACCAGGUGGCCUUCACCAGAGUCCCACCCCUGCUCUUCCCCACCUCAGCCCUUCAUUAGCAUUCCGGCACCUUGGACAACAUCCGUGGCCUUCAGAUGGAUCCGUCCAGGAGGGACAGCCCACUCCGUCGCCCCAGGAUUGUUUCCUGU